UUAAUUUUUUAAAAGUAGGACAAUCGAUUAGAACAUGAAACGUUAGACAAGACAAAUUCAUCUUGCUCCACUGUUUAUUGAUCAGGUCCUUGGUUACGAACAAACUUCUCAAUGAGGAAUCCUUCCAACAGCUCUAAAAUGGAUUUGGACUAUUUCGAUAGUCUCAAGGAAUCUCAAGUUCCGACAUUCCCAUCGGAUGGCAUCUCCGACACGGAUAGAAAGAAAAUCGAUGAGCUCAUGGGCGAAACGUCCAGCGGGAUAAUGAAGAACACAAACUUGCACAUCGACCCAAGUAUAAUAUCGAGGAUAGAUGAAAUAGACAUACAGCUAGCGAAACUGAGGAAUAUUCGUAAUCAUGAAGAGGCGAGGAAAACCCAUAAUGCCAAAUUCAGACAUGAAAUUGAGGAGAAAAUGUCCGAAAUAGGUAGCAGCUUUGACGAAAUGAUGGAAAUUCAAGAGAAACUGACCAAAUCGUUCGGUGAAGAUGAAGGUUUGAAAAAGAUCGAGUACACGAUUGAAGACAGCGAGGAUUGUUCGACUCAAGAUUGAGGCGACAAUCGUUUUGACUUCAUUUUCAUUUCCAAACGAAGCCAUUUCUUACCCUGGCUACAAUUCUUGGCAUGCCCAUCGCUACAAGGUUUCCUGGUCUAAAACUGUUGGACAAAGAUUAAUAAAAAAAUGGGGGCAAUUUAGAAAAUAGCUAAAAAUUUGAUUUGAA